AUGCGCAGGCCCCAUCCAGAGGCCAACGACGUCCACGUUACGGGCACCUUCGACGACUGGGGCAAGAGCGUGCAACUAGAUAAGGUCGGCGAGAUCUGGCAGAAAGACGUUGAGCUGCCAAAGGCCGACGAGAAGAUUCUGUACAAGUUCGUGGUUAAUGACCAGUGGAUUAUUGAUCCGGAAGCUCCUCAGGAGGAUGAUGGUCACGGCAACAUCAACAAUGUCCUACACCCAGAGCAGAUCAAGCCUAAGGCGUCCGCCGUGCCAGAGGCCUUCACCACCUCCAGCGCAGCGCCAGAGAGCACUACCGCUGCCUUGGCUGGCGAGGUACCUCUAGAGCCAAAGAGGGAGGCGACUGAAGUAACACCAGCCUCGGACUCCCAUUUACACGGUGCUCCCGGCGCAUUUCCAGAGACUCCAGUAACUGAACCAGACUCUUUUGGCGUCAAUCCUUUGCCACCAAGCGAGGGUGCAAGCAAUCCCGUCAAUGUACCAGCAGGAGAGAAGAUGCCUCCUUUGAGUGAAGUCACUUCCAACUCGAUCCACUCCGCUGUAACCACCUCGCAAGAAGCCUACGAGAAAGGGGGCACGGGCAUGCUUGGGGGUGCAUUGGCUGCACUAGGACUGGGUGGCACGGCAGCCAAGAAGGAAAAUCUGAUUCCGGAGUCGUCUCUGCCGAUGGGCGAGAAUGCAGACAAAUCGCUGGAUGCCAGUCCGUUCAUCAGCUCUUCUGGCCCGAGCACGACUACCGCCGACUUGGCCGCCAAGGUGCCUUUAGAAGACACUAAAGCUCAAGCAACAACGUCCGCAGUUCCCGAAACAGUCAAAGAGUCGAUUGCGGAGGCGCAAGCCGAACCCGAAGCUACUACUUCAUCGGAAGCCGUAAAGGAGAAGGCCGAAGUUGAACAAGAAUUACUGAAGAAGGUGCCUGAGAAUGAGGCAACCGGAGAACAUGCGCCAAAUAUUGCCGCCGCGGCCACCGGCGCUGCCGCAGACGCCGCUGCAACUCCAGCAUCUGGCGUUCCCGAGCAAGUCAAGGAGUCAAUCGCCGAGGCACAUGCUGAGCCUGAAGCUGCCACAUCUGCCGAAGCCGUAAAAGAGAAGUCCGAGGUAGAACAGGAGCUACUGAAGAAAGUGCCGGAGCAUGACGAAGCUGGAGAGCCUGCGCCUACGAUUGCUGCGGCCACUUCUGCCACUGCGCCAGCUCCGACUGGAGAGACAUCAAGCACUCCCGCUCCCGGACAGCUACCCACCGCGGCAGCAGCAGUGGCUGACGGCACUGACGGGACCGCUGAGCUAAGCGAAGCACCGAAGACCACGGUCGUUCCCGAGGAGACAGAGGGCGACAACACUGAAUAUGCCCCACCUCACGCUCCUUCUGCUGCUCCAGGUGUUUCUAACUCUGCUGCUGCUGCAGUCUCUGAUGGUGCAGAGGACCCCACGCUGCUAGACGAGCCUGCGGUACAACUUGGCAUCAAGAAUGACACGGAACACACCACCGCCCCAUCAACCGAGCCGGCGGCGGCCCACGACGCUACCACGAUCGACCCUCGAAAAGAGGCGGUUGCGGCUGUGCCAGCAGCCAAGGAGGCAGAGACUAAGGCUGCAGCCCCCGCUAUAGCGACUGCUCCGACGAGCAACGCAACCACAACACCCGCGAAACCCGCGUCCACUACCCCAUCUAGCACUCCGGGGUCGGCCAAGGAUAAGAAGAAAAAGCAUAGGGUAAGCUCGUUCUUUAAGAAGAUCUUUGAUUAG